AUGGAAUUACAAACAUUGGCAUUUUUUGGUUGCUAUGCCUUUGUCAUUAAUGUUUGCACAUAUUUCCAUUUAGGUAAAAACAACAAUAAUAACAACGACAACAAAAACCAGCAGUUUAUCCAAGAUGCAUGGUUUUGCUCACUUGUAAUUAUAGUGUGUGCAGUAGCAACUUAUCUUAGAAUUAUCUCCUUUCCUCUUCCUCGUACUCCAUUACAACAAAUGGCAAACACUACCAUUCGGUUCGUCAUUGAAAUGUUCCAAUUAUACUCUAAUCAUAUAUUCUCUUGGCUUAGAAGAAGAAAAUUCUUUGAUCAUCAAUCAUUGGCAACUUUGAAAUCUAAAUCAACAUAA